UUUGGCUCGAAGCCCGGUUUUGCCAGCUCAAGCUUGGCCGCGAUCCGAUAAGAUCCGAUAAGAUCCGAUCCGUGCGCGCUGUUUUUUCUCUCCGCCAUGGGGGAGAAGAAGGAGAAGGUGAAGACGAAAGCGUCCAAGGAGGCCAUGCGCUGGGCGGACGACGAGUCUCUGGGGCCCUUGGAGCGGAAACCCACGGAGGCGGGCAACGACUUCGACGUCCGAAUGCAGGAUGAGCCAGAUGGCAUGUUGGCUGCAGAGAAGAUCGCGAAGGUUCUGAAGCAGACGGGUUUCUGCCUCGUCCAGGCCAAUGCGCCGCUCCAACUGGUGAGCACUGCAUUUGAGGAAGCGGAGUCCCUGUGGGAGGAUGGCGAGUUCAAGGCGCCGUUGCGGGUGCACGACGACCGGAGCUUGCUGGAGGCGCAGCUCUGGAGCCACGCCCUGCAGGAUGUGGAGAAGUCGGUUUGGAUUCGAGACGGAGAAUCAAAAGCCAUUCAGCUGAAGAACGCGCUGAAGCUACUGGGCCGGAACAUGGGGGACUUUUGCGCUGGCCUGGGGCCGCUUUUGGAGAAGGAGCUGGGGGUGACCUUCGAUCGGCUUGGGCAGCCUCUGCUGACCUGCUACACCGGUGACAGGCAGCACCAGGUGCACAUAGACAACCCCCACAACGAAGAGGGAACCCUGCCGGACAACGGCAUGCGGCUCUCUUGCACCUACUACAUCAACCCCCACUGGGAUCCGGAUGAAGGUGAGCAGGGCGGCCUGGACAUCUUCAUCACGGACCCUAGCUCCGCGCCUAGCUCGGCCUCGAGCGCGCGGAAAUGCCCCAGAGUCAGGGUGGCUCCCCACGGGGACACCUUGGUCCUGCACCUCUCCGAGCGGAUCGCCCACCGGGUGGUGCCCACCAGCGGCAAGGAGCGAUGGUAUGCGUUGCAGCUCUGGGGGCUGCACGGGGAGUCGAUGCAGCAAAUGUCAAGGAAAUUGCUGGCAAUGCGACAGCCCGCCAAAGAGGAUUCUGACGACGACUGAGCCGGUUUGCCCCGAGGGACAGUAGCGGGCAGCGAGCCUGCACUGUAGGCCGAGCCAAGGUCUCCAAAGAAGGCAGGCCGUGCAAGUGCCGAGUCUUGACAGGCUGGCCACCCUGCACAGCUUGUCAAAGACGUGAAGACGCUUAGAAAAGACACCGGCGGCUGCU